CGACGACAAUGUUCGUUGCGAGAGCGCUUCGCCGCGCGCCUGCGCUCCGCUCCGCGGCUCCUUCGCUGGCGUGCCGCUCGCUCGCGACGGGCCCCGCCUCGGGCGGCGCCGUCUCUGACGAGAUGCUCGACAAGCUUGGCACGCUUUCGACGCAAGCCCUCGUCGACGGCCUCUGGGUCAUGGGCUGGCCUCCGGCGAUGGUGGAGGGUGCACGCGGGCUGAAGCCGGGCCAAAAGUGCAAGGGGCGCGCGAUCACGCUGCGCAUGGUGCCGCAGCGGCCCGACAUCGCCGCUGACAAGCCGGCGGGCGAGAUUUCGCCCGAGUACGAGGCCUUCGAGCUGUGCGGCCCAAAGGAGGUGCUCUGCAUCUCGUCAGUCGGGCCGUGGGAGUCGGUGGGCGGCGACAUCAAGUUCCUGCGGCUCAAGCAGCUCGGCCUCGGCGGGCUCGUCACCGACGGAUCCGUCCGUGACACCGACGAGAUCCUGUCUUACGGCUUCCCUUGCUUCUCGCACUCGACUACCGCCAAGCAGGGCCCGGCUGCGAUGCAGCCGUGGGAGUGCAACGGCGUGAUCGAGCUGGGGCAGACCAACCCGGUCGUGGUCCGCCCGGGCGACGCCAUCAUCGGCGACCAGGACGGCGUGGUCGUCGUGCCCGCGGCGGCGGCCGAGAAGGUGUACGAGAUUGCACACUUCCGCGAGACGGUCGAGGGCAUCAUCAAGGAGGAGCUGGUCAAGAACCCGGGCCCGCCGGGCAAGUACUACCCCUUCAAGCCGCCCAUCAAGCCCGAGUCGCCGCUCGGCAAGCUGCUCGACUCCAAGGGAGUCAAGUACUACUCGACCCGCGCCGCGCCGGCGCCUCGCCGCAGCACGCCGGCGCGCUUUGGCUCUGGACGGCGGCAGCUGUCGACUGCGCCGCCGACGAUGCGUGCGGUGGUGAUCCGCGAGAACGGCGCCCGCACGCGCAGAGUCUCGUGCGGCGCGAGGCGGCGGGGCCCGUCCUUGCACGCGUCUCUGCCUCUGGACCUCGCCGUAGGCCCUGCGGAGAGCCUCAAGUACGAGACGGGUUUCCCGACCCCCUCGCUGGCGGACGGGCAGGUGCUAGUCAAGAACGAGUACACCGGCAUCAACUUCAUCGACACGUACUUCCGCAAGGGCGACCCGCCCCCCUCCACGCAGCCCCCACCCGCGACACCGUCCGUGGACGCGUCCACGACACUCGCCUACUCCGUGCUCGGCACGUACUGCGAGUACACGGCCGUGCCGGCAGCCAAGGUUGUGCAGGUGCCGGACGGAGUCGGACUCGAGCAGGCGGUCGCGUGCAUGACGCAGGGCUUCACGGCGCACUACCUGACCAACCACGCGCACGCGGGCCUGGUCAAGCCAGGCGAGUGGAUGCUCAUCCACGGCGUGGGCGGAGGCACCUGCCAGUGGGCGGCGCAGAUGGCGAAGCUCAAGGGGUACAAGGUGAUCGGCACCUGCCCCAAGGGCAAGGAGGGCGUCGACGGCGCCACUGCCUGCGACGAGCUCAUCGUCACCGACACAAUCGCUGGCACGCCGUACGAGGACUACUCCUCGGUCGACAUCGUCGGCAAGGUGAUGGAGGUGACCAACGGCGAGGGCGUCAAGGCGGUCAUCGACGGCAUCGGCGCCUCGACGGUGGACAUCUCGCUCGACUCGCUCGCGCGGCGCGGCAUCUUUGUCACCUUCGGCAACGCGUCGGGCGCGGUGCCCGCCUUCCCGCCGAUCCGGCUCAUCAAAAAGUCGCUCUUCAUGACGCGGCCGAAGAUGCUCGACUACGUGUCGACGCGCGAGGAGCUCAUGAUGCGCGCCGACGAGGUCUUCGGCUGGAUCGCUUCGGGCGACCUCAAGGUUGGGAUCGACAAGACGUUCGACCUCGAGGACGCUGUCGCCGGCCACCAGUACCUCGAGGCGGGCAAGAGCAAGGGCAAGCUGCUCUACAAGAUCUAAUGCAUAGGGGGCAGAGACCACGCAUGUCAUGAUAAUGUAUAGCUCUCCCUGGACGCCCCUCGGCUCUCCUGGGCGUAGAGGGCGCGGCGCAGCCAAGCGGGUAAUGUAGUGCUCGAGAGGUUGUGCCUUGAGGGUCUUGCUCAUUUUAUGU